GGCUUAGUCAGGCCAGUAAAGAGCGAGUCCGAAAAACUACAACUCCCGGUGUGCUCCGGGGCGACGAGCGGCCGCAGCAGUGACGACUGUGGCGGAGAAGGCCCGGAGGGGCUCUGCGUUCUGGAGUGGCGCUGCUUGGGCCGGUGGCUGAGUGAGGGCUGCUGGUGUCGCGUUUGAGGAGAACUGCGAGUGUGUUCGGCAUAUCCCGGUCGGGAUCCCAGCCACGAUGAGUGCUGCCCGGGAGUCUCACCCUCACGGGGUGAAGCGUUCAGCCUCCCCCGACGACGAUCUUGGAUCUAGCAAUUGGGAAGCAGCAGACUUAGGCAAUGAAGAGAGAAAACAAAAGUUCUUGAGACUUAUGGGUGCAGGAAAGAAAGAACACACUGGUCGUCUUGUUAUAGGAGAUCACAAAUCAACAUCUCACUUCCGAACAGGGGAAGAAGACAAGAAAAUUAAUGAAGAGCUGGAGUCUCAGUACCAGCAGAGCAUGGACAGUAAACUAUCAGGCCGAUACCGGCGGCACUGUGGACUUGGCUUCAGUGAGGUAGAAGAUCAUGAUGGGGAAGGUGAUGUGGCUGGAGAUGAUGAUGACGAUGACUCGCCUGAUGCUGAGAGUCCAGAUGACUCGGACAGUGACUCUGAGUCUGAGAAGGAGGAGUCUGCAGAAGAACUCCAUGCUACUGAGCAUCCUGAUGACGCAGAAGACCCGAAGAGCAAAAAAGAUGCGAAGAGCAAUUAUAAGAUGAUGUUUGUCAAGUCCAGCGGCUCAUAACUAUUAAACACUUAGUCUUUGUAUUAAAAGUAAGCCUUAUUGUUAUAAUGCACAGUGGAGGACUGCUUGUAGAGCACAGACCUUUGUAUUAUAAUUUUUAAAAAGGCCCUUUUAAAUAACUACAAAGAGUGUUUGCUUUCAAAUGCCAUGGGUUACACUUUUCCGGGCAUGACUAUAACCAUUUUUGUAAAGAGUCAGAGUUGUAUAAAAUGAGAAAUAAAUACUGUACUCAGCUUUCUUUCA